GAGUUAAUUUCCAACCAUGAUCAGGCCAUCCGACAAAAUCAUGAUCGUGCCAUUUUUGACCCGAAUACUUCCCCGAAGCGUCGUGUUAAAGGGCCAGGAUCCUUUCACGCACCCAAUUAUUUGCACAGAAGCUUUUGGUUUACACACUUCAACUCACAUUUCGCUCAACGCACCAUGUCCUCGCCAGCAGUUCUUGCCGCACGCGCUGCACUUGCUAGCAUAGAUCUCACAAACUAUGACCCAGAACAAUCGAAAUUGAUGGAGGAGAAAUGCAUAUUAGUCGACGAGCAGGAUAAUGCCAUCGGCGCAAUGGACAAGAAAACUUGCCAUCUCAUGGAAAAUAUCGAGAAGGGUCUCCUUCACCGAGCCUUCUCAGCGUUCGUCUUCCGUCCCUCCGAUGGCAAGCUCCUUCUGCAGCAGCGUGCUUCGGAGAAGAUUACCUUCCCAGACAUGUGGACAAACACGUGCUGUUCGCACCCACUGGAUGAUUUUGAUGAGGAAAAGAUUGAGGAUAAUCAGCUCGGUGUGCGAAUUGCAGCUUCAAGAAAACUCGAGCAUGAGCUCGGUAUUCCGCAGAGUCAAACACCAGUUGACGAGUUCCAGUACUUGACGAAGAUUCAUUACCUUGCGCCCUCGAAUGGUAUGUGGGGUGAGCAUGAAGUUGACUACAUCCUGUUUCUGACCGCGGAUGUUACUGUGACGCCAAAUACGAACGAGAUUCAGGACUACAAAUACGUGGACAAGGCCGAGCUACAGGCGAUGUUCAAUGACUCAUCAAAUUCGUUUACGCCUUGGUUCAAGCUAAUUGCUCGUGACUUUUUGUUCGGUUGGUGGGAUACCCUGCUGCAGCGCCAGGGCUUCGAUGGUCGUGUCUAUGCGAAGACUCUGAUAGGUGUCGCCGAUGGUUCGAAGGUCAUCAAGAUGGUUUGAUUUUAUGUUCUCAUAUCACACAUUAAUUAUUGGAGGAUCUUGUACUACAAAGUUAUAUCGACCUGGGCUGCAGAAACGUGCUUGAUGAAUAGUGAGUCAGAGCAGCGCCCAGACGUCACGUUCCUCAAGCUCUCUCGGAAA